AUGAAGGAAGCGAAGCCGAGAGGAGAGGGAAGAAGCCGAGAUGGAGGGUUACCGCGCGUUCGCGAUUGUCUCUCCACUUCUCUAACAAAAUUUGAUACAACUGAGGUGCAGGCAGUGAAGGGAGGGUGGAGAGAGAGGGUAGAAUUGGCAACAAAGUUUGGGAUAAUAUACGAGAAUCGAAGAGCGGAGGUGCACGGUGAUCCAGAGGUGCGUGGUGAUCCAACCUACGUACGCGCCACUUGUGAGGCUAGCUUGAAGCGACUCGACACCCAUUGCAUUGACCUUUACUACCAACCUUGCAUUGACACUUGUGUCCCCGUCGAAAUCACGGUUUGCAUUUAUAUCCCUCUUUUCUUUCCUCUCUUUUUCUUGAUGUAA